GAUCUGACAGCAAGAAAACACAGCAAGUGUGGAGACUUUAACACACACCAAACCUCACUCCGUCAGUCAGUCAUUAGAGAGACAGGAUGGAGCUCAGUCCACUCCCUGUGAUGCUCUUGUUGGUUUCACUUACACCAGUGGCCCAUGCUCAAGGGAGUCCUAAAGCUGUGAUAUCUGUAAAGCCUGAUACACACGUGUUCAUUGGAGAGACUGUUACUCUCAGAUGUGACGUACGAAGAGGAGGAAGCACUCAGUGGCCAUACAGCUGGUUUCAAGAUAAUAGAAGACUCUAUGAAUAUGGAGGCAAUUCAGCCAUCACAGCGCAGGAAAUCAUUAUCCAUGCUGAUAAAAACUCUGACAGUGGUUACUACACCUGCAGGGGACAGUAUUCAGAGAUCAGUGUUGCUGUUGCACUGACUGUAUCAGCAAAACCCAAACCGACUGUGAGAGUGAAUCCUCAGAGCUCCGUCUACACUGGAGACACCAUCACUCUGAGCUGUGAGCUGCAGCAGUCGACUGGAUGGGAGUUUCUCUUCUACAAAAAUUAUCAGCACUUACAGCCUUUGAGCAGUGAAACUGUAUCCACCAACACACAACAUGUGACAGUCGAUAACGCAGGAGAAGCAGAGUAUCAGUGUAUAGCACGCAGGUAUAACGUGGGUGCAGGCACAUACUACUACACAAAGUACAGUGAUCCAGUCAGGAUUACAGCAGCAAAACCCAAACCGACUGUGAGAGUGAAUCCUCAGAGCUCCGUCUACACUGGAGACACCAUCACUCUGAGCUGUGAGCUGCAGCAGUCGACUGGAUGGGAGUUUCUCUGGUACAAAAAUUAUCAGCAGUUACAGCUUCUGAAGAGUGAACAAGCACACACACAAGUGACAGCCGAUAAUGCAGGAGAAACAGUGUACCAGUGUCGCGCACGCUGGAGAAACUACAACUACUACUACACAGAGCUCAGUGAUCCUGUCAAGAUUACAGUGAGAGAGAGACCACGGGCAGCACUGAGUGUAUCUCCACAGAGCUGGCUGACUGAAGGAGACUCAGUAACUCUAAGCUGUGAGGUUACAGACUCCUCUACAGACUGGACAUUCAGCUGGUACACAACUGUUCCCUACAGAGACGGCUUAACUCAAAUAAAAAAUAAUCGUGGCUAUAGCAUGUAUGUGGAGCUCCUCUCAGACAGCAGCAGAGGAUCUGGAGGCUCCUACACUCUCAGUCCUGCUGCUCUUCAUCACACAGGAGUUUAUAUGUGCAGAGGAGAGAGAGGAGAACCAGCCUUUCACACACAGUACAGCAAUCCACAGCCACUAUGGAUCACUGGUGAAUCUCCUCCAUUCUCUCUGAUCAUCAAUCCCAACAGAACUCAACACUUUAGUCAUGACUCUCUCUCACUGAGCUGUGAAGACCAGAGUAACUCUACUGGACGGACAGUGAGACGAUGCACACACAGUGAGAGAGUGUUAGAUUGUUCAUGGUGGGGAUCAGUUACAGGAUCUACAUGUAAAAUCAGCUUCCUCUCCACAUCACACACUGGAGUUUACUGGUGUGAGUCUGAAUCUGGAGAAAACAGUAAUCUUGUCAAUAUCACAGUGCAUGAUGGUGAUGUGAUCCUGGAGAGUCCUGUCCAUCCUGUGACUGAGGGACAUCCUCUGACUCUACGCUGUUUAUAUCGCAACACAAAGCCCUUAAACCUCCGAGCUGAUUUCUAUAAAGAUGGAUCAGUUCUCCAGACACAGACUACAGGAGAGAUGAUCAUCCAAACUGUCUCAAAGUCAGAUGAAGGUUUCUACCACUGUAAACACCCAGAGAGAGGAGAGUCACUGAAAAGCUGGCUCUCAGUCAGACGUGAGAAACCUUCCUCAGUUUCAGAUUCUGGAUCAGGUGGUGGAACAGCAGGAGCGGCUGUGGGUUUGGGAUUUUUGUUCAUCGCUUUGCUGAUCUUAAUGAUCCUGCUGUGGUCCUACAAAAGAAAAAAAGGAAAGCAGCAGAAAACCAAUCAGACAUCAGAGCAGAAUCAGAGCCGGUCAGGAGCUGAAGACUCUCAGUCAGGACACACAACACUUCAGGCUGUAGAAAGUGAACACAUUUAUGCCACUGUGGAUCAGGCAGAUACGAGUGGAACAGGUGAAGCUGCAGCUGAGAGUGAAGCCACUUACUCUCAGGUCACGAAGAAAAAGAAGACAAAUCGGAAGAAUGGUGCUGAUGCUGAACCUGGUGUUAGUGAUGUGACUUAUGCUGAGAUUCAACUAAAACCAAUGAAAAAAGCUAAAAGAAUGAAAGAGAAAUCCAGUAUGGGUGAUGAUAUUGUCUACUCAGAGCUGCACCAGAACAUUGAGUGAGCCAUGUGUCUUUUUACACUGAUGAAGCUACAGUCAUCAGACAGAUAACUGGAGAACCGUGAAUCGUGUUUGUCUUCUGUUUUUCCUAAAAUGCUCAGCUGUUGAACUUUUAAAUUGCUAUAUUCUAAGCUUGGAUGAUGCCAAACCUGGCAGCUGCUCUGAGAACUUGCUCACAUCAUGCAUUCACUGAUGUACCCUGAAGAUAUGUGUAAAUAACAGAAGAUCAGGUCAUGGAUCAAGUCAUUUUGAGGAGUCUAAUGCCCCACCCCCCAACACUCAGCUUCCUUGCCCUUAUCGGGAUGACAUCCCGGGAGAGUGUGAUCUUGCCUAAGAGGCUUUACUGAUCAAAGAAGUUCUUCACUCAUAUGCUCCUUGUUUUCUGAGGUACAACCCCAGUAAACCAGAGAAGGCGGAGAACUCUGGAAUAGUGUUUCAAUCUCUGCGAUCUCUAUGCAAUCUCUGUGCAAUCUCUAUAUGUGUUUUUAAAUCCAGAUUUUUUUAUGAAGUUACUUGUUAGUCAUAGUCCAUAUUUAUCUUGUUAAAUAUACUUCAUGGUUAGUAGUAGCAUAUAUUUAUAAUUAAGUCAUUACAGUUUUUCACAAUUACUAACAGGCAGUCUUUGGUUCCAAGUGUACUUUUUAGGAAUUUGUUAGAAUAACAGUGCUUUAUGUGGAACAAACAAUAGAAUGAACUGCAGUGAGUUUGGGUGUAAACAAUUAUCACCCCUGGUGAGUAAACUGAUAUACAGUAUAAAGUAUAUAGUAUACACUAUAUGGUCAAAAGUUUGUGGACACCUGACCAUCACACCCAUAUGUGGUUCUUCUCCAAACUGUUGCCACAAAGUUUGAAGCACACAAUUGUAUGGGAUAUCUUUGUAUGCUGUAGCAUUACAAUUUCCUUUCACUGGAACUAAGGGGUCUAGUCCAAAUCGGUUUCAGCAUGACAGUCCCCCUGUGCACAAAGUGAGCUCCAUGAAGCUAUGGUUUGCCAAAGUUGGAGUGGAAGAAAUCGAGUGACCUGCACAGAACACUGACCUCAACCCCACUGAACACCUUUGGGAUGAGCAGGAAUGCAGACUACACACCAGGCCUCCUCGCUCGACAUCAGUGCCUGACCUCACUAAUGCUCUUGUGGCUGAAUGAACACAAAUCCCCACAGCCACGCUCCAAAAUCUAGUGGAAAGCCUUCCCAGAAGAGUGGAGGUUAUUAUAACAACAAAGGGGGAAUAAAUCUGGAAAGGGACGUUCAACAAGCAUAUACGGGUGUAAUGGUCAGGUGUCCCAAUACUUUUGUCCAUAUAGUGCAUAUUUGGGUUGGAGAUAUUCUGAUGAAACUAACAUCAAGAUCCAAGCCAUUUUUGAGCAUAUAAAUAUGCAAAAUCUUUAUUUAAAGAAUUUUGGGUAUUGCUUUAAUGAUGCAAUUUAUAUCACAAAAUAGCUUUAAAAUUACUCUGUAUAGCUCGCAAUGAGAUCACAACACAAACUCUGGGUUUUGCUCAGCAAAUUGCUUACUUAUUUAAUAAUGCAUUUACCCAUGUAGUUAAUGGGCAAUUAUUAUUAUUUCCUCUCUUUUUUCAUUAUCCUUUUAUAUUAACAUUUUCAUCUGUCCAUUUUAA